GCUGGCUCAGGACUCUGCCCGGCUUGGGCGGUGGCAGCAGCCGGGAGGGCGACGUGGAGGCCACGUGGAGCGGCCGGGGAGAGGGCAGCAGGCGCGGGCGGCGCGGCAGCCCCAGCGCGCACGAAGCCGGAGCCGCAGCCCCGCAGCAGACUGGAUAGCUACGUGUGUGAGGGACACACAGGACCAAGUGACGGAGCGAUAGGAACUCAUCUGGGUAGGGCUCAGACCAGGGAGGAUGUUAGCUCAGAUGAUGAGAGUGUUAAUGCUGCUGAUACUGCUGCCCACCCUGGCCCACGCUGCUCCCAAGGAUGGAGCCACAAGGCAGGACAUUGACAUGCAACCUCAGCCCCUGUCCAACCCCUUCCAGCCAGGGCCAGAGCAGCUCCGAGUGCUGCAGCACCAUCUAAAGGGACUAGAGAGGAUGGACGAGGACCCGGAGCACAUGAACCGGGAGCAGGUGCUCCUCUACCUCUUUGCUCUCCAUGACUAUGACCAAAGUGGACAGCUGGAUGGGCUGGAGCUGUUGUCCAUGUUGACAGCGGCUCUGGCCCCUGGAGCUGCCAACUUUCCUGCCAACCCGGUGAUCCUGGUCGUGGACAAGGUGCUGGAGACCCAGGACCUGGAUGGGGAUGGGCUCAUCUCCCCUGCAGAACUCAUCAACUUCCCGGCAGAGGCCCCCAGGGACACAGAGCCCAGGGAGUUCUUGGCUCCAGCUCCCCACGAGACACAGACUGUGGAGGGGCAGUCCCUGUUAGCAGAGAACCCCUUGAGACAAGAAACUCAGCAGGCUCUGGGGCCCAGAGAAGCUGGGCUCCAAGAAGAGGCCAGAAGGGAGUCCCUGGAGCCUGUUCAGGAGGCUUGGGGUCAAGCAGGGGCUGAAGGAGACACCCCAGGCCCCGAAGUGGGGAAUAGGGGACAGGUAGAGGCCGAAGGAGAAGCCCCAGGUCCCAGAAGUGACGUUGAGGGGCAGGUAGAGGCCAGUGAUAAUGAGGCAGAAGCCAAAGAGAUUCUAAAGGAAACACUGGAGUCCAGGAAUACCCCACAUGAGCUUGAGCCUCAUAGUAUUCAACUGGAGAAUGAUGAGAUAUGAACCUUGAGAUACAGGUUUGCACCCUUCAAAGUCUCAGUGCUGGAGUAAGCCUGAAGGGUGGGAUGUGCAUGCUGGGACGAGGACCACCUCUGUGUCCCCCUUCUGACCCCAGUAGGUGCCAGGUCUGUGCAGCUCAGGGAGAUGCUAAACUGAAGGGCAGGGGCUGGGGAUUUAGCUCAGCGGCAAAGCGCCUGCCUGGCAAGCGCAAGGUCGUGAGUUCCGUUCUCGGU